GUACUGAAGCUCUGUAAUCAAUUAAAAUUAAUUCUCUUAUUAAAUUUUCAGAUGGUGUUGUCUGGCUCGAUCCUGACUUCGUGAAGAGACGCACUGUGUAUGUAAGUGUGUUGGCAUUAUUCAAAUACGGUAACGAAGAUGUCGAAAACAUGGGAUUAAAUGCGGAAAACCUGCUCAUCAAGAUCCCUCAACAAGUCUAUCCACCUCUCGAGCCUCGACUGCCGUUAACUCCGCUGCAACAAAAAUUGAUGCGUAAAUUAGGCUCAAGAAAUUUGUAUCCCUUUUGCAUUGAAUUACCGGAUAAUUUUCCAAACUCUGUCGUAUUCCACCCGACGCCCAAUAAUGGCGUGGAUCCCUGUGGGAUUGUACAUGAGCUUAAAGCUUAUAUUGGUAAAACCCUGGUCAAAGUGAAAGGACGAGAUUAUGUGACGAUGGAAAUCAGAAAAGUAAUGUACACGUCAUCACAACCGUGUGAACAGCCGACAGCGAGGGUAAUCCAGAGAUUUUGGUUUUCAGACCCACUUCUUCUCAGGGCUAAGCUGAACAAACAGAUAUAUUAUCAUGGAGAAAAGAUCGUAGUAGACAUGUAUAUUACUAAUUACAGCAGACGCUACGUCAAGAAGAUUAUUGUGACUGUGAAACAAUUAGUUACUUCCCGUAUGUCCUUGGAAUCAAGCUUCACUACUGUAGUCGCUAAAGUAAAAAGCGAAAAUGGAUUUACGGUCUCACCUGAUGAGAAAGUAAGCACAAUCCUCGAGAUAACACCACUUUUUUCCAAUAACAGACAUCAAAAGCGUCUAGCAGUCGAUGGUCAGACGCACAAUGCAGACACCAAUCUAGCAUCUAGUACAAAACUCGAUGAAAAAAUAGCCAGAGAAAAAGAUGUUGACAUGACCGUGCAGUACGUUGUUGAAAUUAAAUUAAAAUUCUCAUUUUUCCGAAGGUGA